GAUACAGCUAUCUUCCAAACCAUGUCCCCAACAAACAUUUUGGCAAUUUUAGUCAUCUUCUGCUGUUCCAUCUCCUUUGCCUUCGCCUCUGAUCCUGACACACUUCAAGACCUUUGUGUAGCUCUGCCAUCUUCAGGUAGUGCAGGUGUGAAGGUGAAUGGGUUUGCAUGCAAAGCCGAGUCAAAUGUGACAGCAGCUGAUUUCUUCUUUAAUGGUCUAGCCAAGCCAGGAGUUAUCAACAACACAGUGGGAUCUCUGGUUACUGCAGCCAAUGUUGAAAAAAUUGCAGGGCUUAACACAUUGGGGGUAUCUUUCUCAAGGAUAGACUUCAAAGCUGGUGGACUCAACCCACCUCACACACACCCUCGUUCCACAGAGAUUGUGUUUGUUUUGGAAGGUCAAUUAGACGUGGGUUUUAUCACCACAGCCAACAAGUUCAUCUCCAAGUCCAUAAAGAAAGGUGAUAUCUUUGUGUUUCCAAAAGGUUUGGUGCAUUUUCAGAAGAACAAUGGGGAUGAGCCUUCUUCUGUGAUUUCUGCCUUCAAUAGUCAACUCCCUGGGACCUUGUCUAUUGCUGCAGCUCUGUUUACCUCAACACCAACUGUGCCUGAUAAUGUUCUUGCCCAGGCCUUCCAGAUUGAUACUAAAGAGGUUGACAAAAUCAAGACCAAGCUUGCUCCUAAGAAGGGUUAAUUAAGUUUAGCUAAAUAAUGAUAUUCCAGAGAGGAAGACUUGGUCUUAUAAACCUGCUUUCCCCCUAUUAUUCCCAAUAAUUCUUGAAGGGUUAUGAUCAUUUUAUCACUUAACGUGGUGUAUUUUACUCAUUGAUUUGGUACCUACGUGUUAAGUAUAAGGCAAGUGCUAUAAAGGAAGAAGCUGUCAAUUUUUA